AUGUCGUCUAAUAAAAUACAACCUAUUUUCAAUGUACGCAAUGUCUUGCCCUAUACCCACUACAAGCACAAGUUCGAAAGAAACUCUUUUACCUCAUCGACCACCACAUUUCUAUCAAGGAAAUCCCAUAAGAAAAAGCGAAAUCCUUUAACUCUAAAAGCCAUACAAAAUUGGUUUAUGCAAAAUUUACGCAAUUAUUGUAAUACCACUUCAUUGCAUGGCUUCAACUAUUUAACACGUUCGGAUAUGACCAAAAAAGAACGUUACUUUUGGCUUUUUGUGGUUAUUGUAUCGAUAAUAGUGUCCAUAGUUUUGGUAAUAGUGUCCUAUUUAUGGAAUCGUGAAACACCCACGGUAACGGUAAUAGAAAGUUCUCAUCAUCCCACCUGGGAUAUACCAUUUCCGGCAGUAACAUUUUGCAAUUUCAAUAAGAUAUCACGCGAUAGAGCCUUGAGUUUGGUAAAGGUUUUAAAACUUCCCUCUAACACCUCUGAAGAGGAGGUAUUGCGCUCAUUUCGUGUCACCAUGUAUUAUAGUUUCGCUUUAAAUCAAUCGAAUGUUAAUUUUACUUUGGCCGAAAAGAUUUUGGAGUUGAAUAACAUGACGUUGUCGGAUUUAUCGGAACGUUUGUCACCCAACUGUCUGGACAUGAUAUCCAAGUGUAUUUGGAAGGGCACCAAUUCGAGAUGCGACAGUUUGUUCCAGAGGAUACCCACCAUUGAGGGUGUUUGCUGUUCGUUUAAUUAUUUUGGCCAAGCGAAAAAUAAUUUUCCAGAAAAAAUUGCCUAUCAAGUACCCAAACGACCUUAUCGCGUUACCGGUUGUGGUUAUCCCACUGGACUCUCCAUACUCCUUAACCCUCUGGCCUACGACUAUUUUGGUACAUAUUUCAGCAGUUAUGGUUUUCGUUUCAUGAUCCAUGAUGCCUAUGAUUUUCCCGAUGAAAAUGCCGAAACAAAAGUAAUCACCUCUACGCGAGAGAGUUUUGUGCGCAUUAGCCCUGAGUCCACGUACGCGACGAGUGAUGUCAAAAGCAUGGAUUUAAAGUUAAGAAAUUGUUUAUUCUCCAAUGAACGUCAACUGGUGGUGAUGCAACGUUACUCAUUUAUCAAUUGUAUGUCAGAGUGUCGCAUACGUAAGGCUGUGGAUAAAUGUGGUUGUGUGCCGGAAAAUCUGCCCAAUAAUGGUUCGUUUCCCAAGUGUGGCAUUAAGGAGUUGCAGUGUGUUUUGGAUAGCAGAGAAAUCUUUACGCGGGCCUUAAAUGAAUACAAUAAAACCUUUUCCACUAUUUUGAGCACUGAUAAGUUUCCCUGUGAUUGUUUGCCGGAUUGUGAGUCAAAUCAUUAUGUAUCUGAGAUCACCAUGGGCAAGUUAAAUGUUAAAUUAUCUUUUCAGCAGGAAAAUGAUUUAAAGGUACCCAAUGAUUAUAACAAUAUUUUGCUGCAUGUAUUUUAUAGCGAUCUUAUGUCUACUAGAUAUCGCAAGGAAAUCUAUCAGAAUUGGUUAUCGGCUUUGGCUUCUUUUGGCGGUCUUUUGGGUUUGAUUAUGGGUUUUAGCAUUGUUACUGCCUUUGAAUUUAUUUACUUUCUUACAUUUAGACCAAUAUUUAAUUAUUUUAAUAAUCGUUAAGCUAAAUUGUUAAAAA